AGCUUGUAAAUGUGGGAAAUCCAGUCAGAUCCCUGGGCUAGAACAGGCAGCUGUCAUACUUCAUGUAGGCUUGCCAUAUUGAAAAAAUAAAUGUUACCUCCCUUCCUGUAUGUAGGAUACCAGGUCUACCAUUUUAUUCCAUUCAGUUAGUCAGACUGGAUUAGCACAUAGUCAAACAUCAAUUACUGUGGAACAUAGGUGUACACAUUGGUGUCUUCAACCUUAUACUAUGAAACUAUCUUUUGUUUUCCAUUCUAGGUUCAGAGGCUGUAGCCAUGAAUAAUAAAGGCUUUCGACGAGGGAGUUUCCAGAGCAGCACCAGUGAUGAAGACAUGGUGGAGAUAGCAGGAGGAGCUCUGGAUUUCUCCAUCACAGAUGAUGAUCCCCCGCUGGAUAGAGAGAUGUUGGGAGGUAAUGCUCAUGUUGCCGUCUCCAUUAAAUUCCUCAUCACUAAAAUCUUUAUGUAG